GGCUUGGUCAACCUUUUACCGCCUAUUUAAGAGCCAUUCAACUCGUUAAAGUGAAAUACAAAAACAAAAAAAAACCAAAUCCCCUAUCCCUAAUUCGAAUUCACCUACAAUGUCGUUAGCAGGCAGUUCUGGCACUGGCUACAGUGGUUCUGCAUUUGCUCCCUCUUCCGUUGGUCGGAUCUUCCCUGCAGUUCCUUCUAGAGGUUCUAAUCUCCCAUCCCAGAACUAUGAUGUUCAUGCUGGAUCAAACCAGGCAGGUAAGGCAUUUAAGAAAACUCCAUCCCUUUCAUCAGGAGGCUCCUCGGGCACGGGACAUUCUCGGGCUAGUUAUAAUGGUUUUUCCGGGAGAACUUCUGCCCGUUCUGGGGUAUCAGGAAGUCACUCAAGGAGGUCGCCAAGUGUUGAAGAGACCUUCCCCAGCAAUUCGUCAGUUGCGUCAUCAAGCAGGGAUAGCCCGAACCAGGUCAACGACCCUUGGCCUUUUAACAAUGAUCAGUACCCUUUUGGGUGGUGAAGACACUGAAGAAUAUUUAUAGCUCUAUCCUUAUAUAUACGCUGCUUUGAUUUGUAUUUCAAUAAAAUUGCAGUAUAGAU